UUGUUGUAAGUAUUGAAAUAGAAAUCGAUUUGUUUUUGAAAAGAGAAUUUUUUUUUUUUUUUAAUGCACUUUUUAAAUUGUAGCACUAAAUUAAAUGUUGAUGUUUUUGUUGCAGAAUAAGGUAAAAUAUGUUGUAACAGUAAAAUGGUGUUAAAUAUUAAAUAUUGUACCAUAUUUUUUACACACUUUAUAUAUUCUUGUAUAUAUACAUGCAUUCUUCUUAGCACAGUAUUCAUAAAAUUACUCAUAGUUAAUAAGAAUGUUUUAGCAUAUUCAUAUUGUAUGUACGUGUAUUGUAAAUGUUUUCUGUGAUUAGGUACCUGUAAGAAUGUAUUAGUAUUCACUCAGUGCUUUAGGAAAUCAAAGUUUGUCUGUGAUAUGUAUAUAAUAUAUGUAUAACAUCUUUAUCUUUUAUUUAUUAGAACAUUAAUAUUGUAUACUUUGCUGCAUGUGGAAGUUGUUUGCUUGUCAAUUUCAUCUUUUUUCUCUUGCUUUUAUUUUAGCAUUUGGUAUUAAAUAUACUAGUAAUCAAAAGUUUACAAAACAUAAUUUUAUUACCAUCUCAUUUGUAUUUAAAUCAUUUAAACUUGCUUUUUUUAAAUAUGCAGCUUCAUUUAAAAAAGAGAAAAGUUUACAAUUAUUGGGUUAAAUUUAACAAACAAAGGAACAGAUUUUUUUCUUUUAGGAAUAAAUAAUGAAAUAUAAACCAGUAGUCGACUGAAAUGAAUUUAAGCUUAACAAAAGAGAACAUCAGUUUAGUAAACAUAACUGAUAAAUAUGAUACAAUGUAGUAUGUUAGAAAUAAUGAUUAUUAAAACAUAUAUAUUAAUUACUGUAAAAUUAAUGAUGGAAGAAUCUGUUUUAAAACUUAGCACUACUUUCAAGUCACUGGAAGGUGGUGUUAUGAGUGAGAUAUGUGUGCAGCACAAACAUUUAAAAUAUGCACUUGUUUCCUAGCUGCUUCACUGUUGACGAAAACCCCCAAUUGCUAUUAAAAUUACAGGUUAUAACUUAUUUUCAAUACUUAAAGUUAGAAUAAAUACUUUAUUAGGACAGUACCCCCAAAUGAUUAUACUUAUCUUUGGACAUCAUCAAAAAUUCAUGAGCAAAAUCAAGGUGAGCUGAAGAUCACUUUCCUGAAAUGUUUCAAAUAAAAUAUAUUAAAAAUUGUAUUGUAAGGCGAUCAGUUUGCCACUCUCCUAAACUUUCCAGGUGAGCAUUGAGGCGAGUGGGAGUGAUCACUCACCUUUCCUGGUGAAAAUUGUAGACUUUCCUCUAGGUGAGAUUGUAAUAGGUAAACCACAGUCUCCAGUUUUCAACAUCUUCAUGGUUGUAAUAUAUCAGAUUAUUAAUAUUUUUCAUCAGAAAAAAACAAGGGAGCAAAUAACAGUAGUGAAGACUCACUUGUAAAACCUUACAUCUUACUCUUUCUCCAUUUUCUUUUGAUUUCAGCAAACAUAUUCUGACUUCUUCUCUGUUUAUUUAAUGUAGGCAUUAAUUUAAAAAAAAGAAAAAAAAGAUUCAGUAUUAUUGUUUAGUCUUGAUGCCAAAAAAGAAAGGUUUUAAGUUUUUAAAAAUAGCAUUCUGAACCAAUACCUGGUUGAUCUAAAACAAACUGUGAUACAUAUAUCCUGUAUGUAUGUAUAUAGUUUCACAACUACUGUAUUAAUAUAAUGGUAUUUUCCAAAUUUCAGUAUUAAACAACCAUAUAUUUCUUUGAUGGUAAUUGUUUCGUACAUGGAAAUAUUUGAUUACAAUAAGCAUUAAUAGUUAUUGACUGUUAAAUAGUAGUAGAUAAAAAGAGUAUUUAUAGAACUAUGGUAUAAUUACAUUUAAAACCACCAAAUGGCUGCAACGACUAUUUUAUUUACCAUUAAUAUAAAAUAUACUUGAAAAUAAUUAUAUGUCUUUUAAUGUUUUUGUUUCAGAUAAGUUAUUUUCUCCAUCUUGCAAUGACAUAAUUAUGUAGUUAAUUGUUUUUUAAUUUUCAUCUGUAUCAUAUGUGCAACAUUUUUUCAAGAUAUAUGUAACAGGAAAAAAUAGUUACCAGUUAAGCCAAGGAAGUAUAUAACUGCCACAUACACUAAAUCUUAGUAUAUGAAUUUGUUGUAGAACCUGGUGAAUGGGCUCAGUUUUAAUUCUCAUCAUUUCACUGUUAAACUUGAAUUCAUUUACCAUUAGUACGGUACAUGGGUGUUAGCAUUACAUACAUCCAAGUUCAGCUAACUGAGAGAUUCAGCUGCUUGUGAAAUAUGAUAAUACAGCAGACUGUUUACAAAUUCCUGUGUUGUGAUGUUUAUGCAGUCACAUAGCUAGACUGAUAGUUAUCAGAUACAUGUUUUAUCACAUCUGUCAUGAACAUUAUAGCAAUGUCAAAUAAAAUAGUUUUAUUUCUCA